UAAUUAGCUAUUGUUCUUUUAUAGUUACGCCCCAUGGUGUCCAUCUUGCCAGCAGACCGAUUCAGAAUGGGAGAUGUUUGCAAAGAAUGGUGAAAUACUUCAGAUCAGUGUGGGGAAGGUAGACGUCAUUCAGGAACCAGGUUUGAGUGGCCGCUUCUUCGUCACCACCCUCCCAGCGUUUUUUCAUGCGAAGGAUGGGAUAUUCCGCCGUUACCGUGGCCCAGGAGUCUACGAAGACCUGCAGAAUUAUAUCUUAGAGAAGAAAUGGCAAUCAGUUGAGCCUCUGACUGGUUGGAAAUCCCCGUCUUCUCUAACGAUGUCUGGAAUGGCUGGUCUGUUUAGCAUCUCGGGCAAGAUAUGGCAUCUUCACAACUAUUUCACAGUGACCCUUGGAGUACCUGCUUGGUGUUCGUACGUCUUUUUCGUCGUAGCCACCUUGAUUUUUGGCCUUCUCAUGGGUCUGGUCUUGGUGGUAAUAUCAGAGUGCUUCUCUAUGCCACUUCCACGACAUUUGUCUGAACAUUCUGGGCAGACUCUGAGGUCUGAGGAGGCUCACGCGGCUGAGCAGUUGCAGGAUGCAGAGGAGGAGAAAGAGGAUUCCAAUGAAGAAGAAAACAAGGACAGCCUUGUAGAUGAGGAAGAAGAGAAGGAAGAGCUGGGUGACGAAGACGAAGCAGAGGAGGAAGAGGAGGAUGGCCCGGCCGCUGGUGCGGACGAGGAGAGGAGUGCUGCCCAGGACCCGGCCCCGAGAGAGGCCCGGGAGGACCUGGGUCCAGACGUCGGGCCAGACGUCGGGCCAGACGAGGCUCUGGACGCCGCCUCCGAGCAGCCCCCUUCAACUGACGCAGAGGUGGCUGAAGACACGUUGAGGCAGCGCAGAAGUCAGCAUGCCGACAAGGGGCCGUCGGCCUGAUGCCAGCAUUUCCAACAACACAGACCAGAGAAAUAUGCCAGCUUCCCUUUGGUCUGCAGGUUAAACUAAACCCUUAUUUUUUUCCUAAAUGAACAAGCUUCUCUUAAAAACUGAUCUCUAGUCUUGUAGUCUCCUGGCAUUGAGCCUUGUGUGUGUUAAGGGGAAUCUUUUGGGCAUGACAAUCAGGAUACAGGAAACAAACAUGCUGUUAGGAUCUGUCUGAGCCCUGGGAUGGGCACAGGUUCAUUUACUUGGGGCCACAGAGUUCUGAGCAGAGGAAGCCCUCCCCAGCCCUCCUCGCCCUGUUCGUAGACAGCCAAUGGGGCUUUGGGCCCCCGAGGUGGGAGCAGGGCAUCCUCACAGCACAGCCAACCUGCAUCCUCCUCUUGUAUCAAGUGUUUAUUGUCAAACUGUAAGAUACAUCAGGCACCCUAGUACAGGGGUGCUUUUUUAGAGGGUCUUGGAUAUUGUUGUAGAAGAGUGCUUGGAAGUCAUCCUGACUGUAAGUCGGCCUUGUCGGGUUUUACUUCUUCCCUGUAGCAUUUCCACCUUUCCCCCCGCGGGCCUGCGGGCCCCCACGCCCUGCAUGGUACUUCCUGCGCGGGACGACUCUGACGGUAGUCAGCUCGACAUCGGCGGCCUCCAUCCUGACUUAAGGGUUCAAGUUGUCAAGAAGCCCAGCCCCUGACGCCCUGACUGCCAAGCGUCUCAGAUGAAAUGCUGUAGCCUUCGGAGUUUCAAAAGGAAGUAAGGGUUUUACAGGAGAGAUUUUAGUUGUUGUUUUUAGCCAACAUGUAGUGAUUCUUUUUUUUCAAAAUGUUCCCUUAGCAAUAUUCCUUUUGAAGCCAGAAAUCUCCUAAGUCUUGCCAGGACAAGGUAGUCCUAAGGAGAAAGCUUGAAUACUGUGUUGUUCUGUUUCCAUCUCAAGGGCUCCCUGGCUCUUGAACCACUUUAAUAAUAACUGAAAAGCCACUUCUGGUUUUUCUUCAGUGAUGUGCUUUUGGUGAAAGAAUUAAUGAAAGUGAGUAUCUGGAAAUGAAAGAUUUGGUUUCGUUUCCUUCGCCCUUAAUCUUGUAAAGAAUUUUAUCCCUGUAAAUCUCUCAAUACUCAAUCUACUAAAAAUACCCAGGGGGCCCAAUGUCUUUUAAAAAAUCCUUCCAUCUACUUGAUUUGUGUUUUAGAAUAAAUUCAUAAAAUUUGAUUCCCGCCUUAUGAAAGAUGUCUAAAGUUGAUCCUACACCCCUUGGGUCCAGACAGAAUCAGUAGCGUAGGUUUAUGAAAUUCAAAAGGCUGCUGUCAUCUUUAGAAAGAAAUACACUGUGUACUCCUGGCUGUUUAGAUAACCCUUACCUUGUGUUAACUCUGAACACGGGCUCACUGGAGUAGGGGGUGGGGUCUGAAACUCAACCCUUGGUGUGGCUGAAUGAGCCCGUUGCAAGCCUCACACAAAGAGAGUUUUUAUUCUGACAGAAUCCAUUUUUUAGAGAUGGUUAUUUUUCAUCUUUCCAACUCAGUUCCCUGACAGCCUCAUCCCCCAGUACGGCGAAGUUCAUUAAGACUGGUCAGUGGUUUUUCUCUUCAGACAGCAGCGCAACCUCAAGUCUGAGGCCAUCAGAGAACCGAGCAACUGGGAGGACCUUGCCUUUUGCUCAUUUCUUGCCCCUCCUGCUGUCUCGGUCUCUGACACAUCCGUGGUCCUGAGGGAGGUUCUCAGGGAGAAUCAAAUGGAGCCUGAGCUGGGCCUGCCCUCCCGUCACUGCAUUCCUUUCUUUUGUAAUCAGCUGAAACAAAGUUUUCAGAGAUCAUUAAGUUCAAGUUCAAGGGUAUGGGAUAAGAAGGGUUUCAUAGUUUGACUUUCCUGUGUGUGAUCCCUUCCCUACCCCCAAGUUGAAAUAAUUCUCAUUUUAUUUUAAGUGGAAUAUUUGACUAAAGAGGAAGGAAUGAAGGAAUAGAAUCUGCUUUGGCUUUUUAUAAAUGUAAGGCCAGUUUCCAAUUGGACUCCAAGUAGUACCUAAUUAUAUAAUGAGAAAAAUAUCUUUUCUUUCUCAGAAAUACUUAAGAAAAUUGGAGGAAGAGGAGAAACAGUUUGGAGAAGCAGAUCCAUUAAAAGUCAGAAUAUCUGGCAAUGUGGACCACUUUUCCUGUUUUUAUUUUUUAUUUUUAUUUUUUUUAACAUCCUGGCAAAAGAUGGGGUUUUUACUAAAUGGCCUGAGAAGUACACAUCUGAUUUAAUUUCUUUCUGUUUGCAGCCUUUAGGGUUUUAAUAUUACUGAAUAUAGAACCAAAGGAAGAAGGCCAACCUAAAAUAACUCAAAUUAGAUUAGCAUGUCAAUAGGAUUUGAUAAAGUUUUCCUGCAGGUAAUGUAUUUAAGCCAGAAGUCAAGUGCAUGAAAACAUGAUCUUGAUUCAAAAAAAUAAAAAAAAAAAACAUGGUUCCUUAUGUGACAGUAUCAGUUAUUUAAUUAUAGAAUAGUAUUUUAUAUGUCUCAAAAUCAGGUUAAGUUAAGUAAAACUGGCUUUCAGAAUGGGGGUGUCGUCCUUUAUGUGUGAGUCGCUGAAGUGGGAUGCCUGUUCAUUGAUUAGAGGGAAAGGCUAAAACUUCUAGCUCCAUUUUCUUAGGUUUCUUUUGAUCAUUCAUCUCUUGCCAAACCACGCCAACUUGCUUAGAGACCUCAUGAUGCAGCAGCGCACAGGGAGGCCCACUUCCUCCUCCCCCUGUGAGGUGGGAGCACAGGUGGGGUGAGAGGCCCGGCCCAUUCGGGUCUCAGGGCCCCGCACGGCCUGGGUGCGAUCUUGGGCACGUGAGCCCUGUCAGCUGCAGGUCUCAGCAACAAAAAGAUCCAAAAUAACAACUGUAACAAAGAGCAGACAGGCUUCGGACAGGUUGACUCUGACAGUGGGAAAAGCCAGAGUUUGGCUCCUAUGGCCAAAAUCCUUAACAGCCGUGGUGUUGCUCCAUGAUUUGGGUGGGGGAUAAAAAUGUCUCUGAUGGCAAGCACUCAGUGUGGGACUCUUUAUUACCAAGUCCUUUAAGAGUGGAGCCUGUGUACUUGCCUUACAACAUGGGAAACAUUAAAAGAGCCCAAAAGAAGGUAGAGAUGACAGGAUAUACUGAGAUUUCAGCACAAAACCCUAAAUUGGGAUGAAGUGAGAGGAGGAAGGCAGAGACUGGUGCCUUUGCUCAUGAGCAUCCGUGGUUGGUUUACCUGUGUCCUUGAUCCCCGUGAUAAAGCACUAUUCCUGCCAGUAUCACACGUGCGUGCUUGGCCCAUCCUGUCAGAUAGAACAUUUUAGAAAGUACUCAUGUAAACCUUUUGUGCGAACAGAAGUGUCCUGUCUUGUGUAGUAUCUGUUGACCUCAGUCCUAUGUUUUGAUCCCCUUUAGAAGGUACAGCUUGUCUUAAAACCGAAUGUGGAGUCAAGUCUGAUGAACCCUGACGGGACGGCUUUUGGGGCAUCUUUCCUGAACCAGGAGGUUUGGGUGAAGGACCUUGGAUAGCUUCAGACAGGAUGCCUGGCCUUCAGAUGGCUUAUUAAAGUUCCCUGUGGACGGUGACGGUGUAUAUAUGUGACUCAUACAACCUUAGCCUGUUUCCGAUGCAGUUGAAUCAUUGUUAUUAAAUAGCUUCUUCAUGCAAAUGCAUUUUUAUACUAAAAUUACUGUUUAUUUGUACUGCAAUACAUUAUAAGUUGGUUAUUUAUAUCCUUUGUAAUAGUCUUAAUUUUUUUAGCCUAGUGAUACUUAUUUUUCUCUUCAUCCAUGUAUGUUCUGCUUCCUCAUGUAGCAUCUGCAGUAACUGGAAUGGGAAACCAAGACGUGUGUCCCAAGCGGUACAUUGCCUGAACCGCAAGCCACCUUGUCACAGGACUGUACAUAACCCAUGAUGCUGUUUGCUUUCAUUUUGUUGUAAAUUUCCAUUUGCACCAAACCUGAUGAUAAUGAUAACUAAGUCAAAACAAAACCGUGUAUUGCUUUUCAUAUAAGCAUUUCACAUAAGUCAUUUGCCUAGGCAGUGAAAAAUAAUACUUCGUUAAAAAAUGA